CCAAUCUGAGAAGUAGUACUGCCAUGAGAUGAGCACUACUCUCUCUGAGGACUCUUCCCGCAGCGGGAAGAAGAAACGGAAGAAGAAGCGAGGACCGAGCAUGAAUCGGGUCCAUCCGGAGGGGUCUAGCGGGGACCUGAGCUCCAGACAGAAUGGCUACGUAGACAGGCCUGAGAUGAUGGACAGAACUGGCAUGGGAAACAACAACAACAAUGGGGAAAUAUCAACAGCAGCCGAUGCUUUCAACGUUUUGCACAACGUCAAGAAGGGAGCUGAACGCUUCAAAGGACUGAGCUGUCGAAGGAGGGGUGCUGGAACGGACCAGAAAGGCAAGGAACCGGUUCUGGUUAAGAAAGGUCAUGGUUUUGCCAAAAAAGGCAAAGGAAUCGAUGACAGUAUCGUAGCGGAGCCCUUACGGCGCAACCGUUUCAACGAAGACCUCAUCUCCUACUUCGCCUCCUUGGCGCGAUCGGAAAACGAGGACGAGGUGGUCGACCUCGAGCACGUGGAGAAUUUACUUGACAGCGGCGCGGACAUCUGCUGCACGGACAAACACGGACAGACGGUGUUGCAUGAGGCUGUACGUGCUUGGGAAACAGACGUGGCAUCGUUCUUACUAGAGAAGGGAGCGAAACCGAACCAGAAGGACCGGUACGGACGAGCUCCUCUCCACAUCGCCGCUGCCGUCAACUACCCGGAGAUGAUCCUGCUGCUCCUGGACAACGAGCAUGAAAAUGCCGACAUUGAAAUAUUAACGAACGGCGAGAACCACACGCCGAUUCAUUUUGCUGCUCGGAACGACGCUUGCGCCGCUCUGAAGACGCUCCAGAAAAUGGGGGCCAAUCUUCACGCCAGAGACUACAAAGGAAGAACAGCCCUACAAAUUGCUGCUGAACUAGAUCGAAGCGAAACAGCCAGACUUCUCCUUGAGCUGGGGGCCGAAGCUUCUGACAUGGAUAACGCAGGGCAGACGGCACUGGUGCAGCUCAUCUGCAAGAUGCCUGCAGUGGCCAAGGAGGCCCUUGAUCAGUUCCAUCGAUGUGACCGGGCAAAUCGCAAGCAGUACUACGAUCAUCACUUUGUGGAACCCACAAAACCGGACGAUAAAACUCCAAGGUCUAGAUCAGCACUUCAGGUCAUAGUUCAGUUCAACCAGUUGGAGCUGAUUCUUCAUCCAGUGAUACAGAGGCUUCUAAAGGUCAAGUGGAAGAAAUUUGGACUUUGGGGUGCAAUCUUUCAAGUCUUCAUCAACUUGGCGUUCAUAAUACUCUGGUCUGUUAUCGGCGUAACUCUGCGUCCGAACGAGAGAAUGACAUUCCCCGUCGACAUUUGGAGACUCGUCAUCUGGGGAUUGGCUCUGUUGAUCACAGGUUUCAUGAUCGCCCAGGAACUACAAGAAAUCUUCGUAUCCAAGAAAAAAUUCAGAAGAUGGAAACAGUGGCGCAUUGGUGAGAUAGAGAAGGACCUCAAGUAUUGUCAUCCUCAGUGGCCACAGGAGGAGCAGUACCUCCAGCAGGAGAUCAAGGAGAUCAACGACCAAGGAGCGGCCUACUUCAGCGAAUUCUGGAACUAUUUUGAUUGGAUAGUCUACUGUCUUCUCUUGGUCAUCACCGGUCUGGUCGUGGCGAGCCACGUCAUCACCGAUGACGCUAAGCACGAGAAUCUCAUUGCCUUCACGCGGCGCUUCAUGGCGGUCUCCAUCAUUCCGAUCUGGCUGCGAUUCAUGAAAUCGGCCCGGGCAUUCAAACAAAUCGGACCAUUUAUCGUGAUGUUGGGCCACAUCGUGAAUGACAUUCUGAAAUUUGGUUUUCUGUACCUGGAGUUCUACAUACCAUAUGCUUUUGCUUUCUGGAUGAUAUUCGGAGGCAACCCUGAGCUACCGUCCAUGCAGACCGUCGACAGUCUCAUGUUCACCCUCUUCAGGCUCACGUUGGUAGAUGACUAUGAUUAUGAUAAAAUGCACGAGCUUGACACCGUCAUGGCCUAUAUCCUGAUCACCACGUUCCUGUUCCUAUCUGCGUUGCUCUGCAUUAAUCUCUUCAUCGCUCUGCUGUCGGACACAUUCCAAAGAGUCUACGACAACGCCAAAUCCAACGCCGCAAUGCAGCAGGCGUCCAUCAUCCUGGGCAUCGAGGAGAGUCUCUCCAAGAAGAAACUCUACAAGUAUCGACGCUUCAUCCACACCCAGGCCAACCCAGAGAGCUUGUACUACGAUGACGACCAGACGGAGAGCGGAGAAUCCGACCUGAAGAAAGUCACCUUCCAAAUUAAGGAUGACCUGGAUGAAAUGAAGGAGAGUCUGUUUGGCCAUCUGAAUAUUGCGGGAUAUGGCCGAAAGAAGAGGGAUUCUCUAGAGGAACUCCGUGAGCAACUUGCUACUCACCCGCAUGCUGAUCAGACAAGUCAGAUCCAUGCUAUUGACACCAACUCCAUAAAGGAGGAACUGACACGGUUGCGGAUCAAGCAGGAGCGGUCAAAUCGUCACGUCCAGAAACAGCUGAAGACAAUUAACGAGGUCCUGCAGGCACUCUUGGCUGCUAAGACAAGUGGAGGCCCUGGUCCAGGUUCAGGAAGCACACCCACUCAACUAGGGGGAGGCGUUGGAAGUUUCAACGUCAGUCGUCCAGGGUUACUGGGCACCCUUCCCAGCAUCCCCUAUGACGCGGGGGAGAUGGUAGGGGGAGGAGUCUUUAAUGAGGAGGAGGACGAUUAUGAGGCAGGGAGGAGGCCAAGGUUUGUUGGCAGGCAUGUGCCGCUGCAGAGCACAAUGACGCAGGGAUCUAGACCGGCAAGUCAAAGGCCGCGAGAGAACAGUCUGGCAUCACAACGGACUUUCCUAGAUUCUUUGACCCCCCAGCCUGUCCCUCAAAGUAAUACCACUGAGAUGGACGGAGUCGACAAGGAGAGGUUGAAACUCUUUCGAGGGGAGCAGAAGAAAAAGCUGAAGCAGCGCAGGCAGCAGGAGGAUUACCUUCAGCAGCAGCAGCAACAAGAGUCAAAGGUCGCCAUACCCAUGUCAGAUGUCAGCCAAGGUCACGAAGAUCACGACCUCUCAGAGCUGAGCCAGCAGAUGACCAGGGAGAACGAGGACUUGGCAGACCUGGUCAAGUUCAGUCCUGCAGACAAGGAUGUGGAAAAACAAGACGUGUCAGUCAGGGGAAGCACGGAUGCGUGAAGAUGGCGUGUGGUGAACUAAAAUCCCAACUUCGGUGUUUUCCAUCCUGGUGUCUGUGGGCGGAGAACAGAGUAGGGGCUAGGCUAGUCCCUGCCUACUUUGAAAUCUUCUGUUAUUUUAUUCUGAUGAAAUACUUAAAAAAUAUUGAGGCUGUAUUAUAACCCAGUCGGCCAUUUCGGAAGUGUAUUCAUUUUGCUCUUGAACGAAUUGACAUAUUUUUAUCACAUCGGUGACAUAUUUUGAUCAUGUCGGUGAAGGGCAAAACCUAAUAUUGAUAUUUUGAUCAGUUUGUUAUUUCUGAAAACAAGUUUAAUACCUUUGAAACAAAUAUGUGGGAUACUUAAAAAUGAUCAGGAAAACAAGUUGUUUGAAAUAUGUUCAAGAAAAAUGUAGAUUUGUACAUUCUUUGAAAUGCCUUUGGUGAUUAGCAUUUUUAAUCCUGUAAUUAUGUUGUAAAUUAUGUCCAAAUCUGUUAUGUGUGCAGCAUGGAAACCAUAAUACUGUAAUAUAUACUUGACACCGACUCCUGAUUUGUGUUUUUUUCAAAGGUUUUAUUUCCACUGUGAUAGUGUGGCAUUGUUUUGCCCACUGCCGAAAUAUCAUGUAUUAAAGUGUGCUUUGUGAAUUAAUUCCCACAGUGGUGGUCCCAUAA